CUUGUUGCUAUGGGAGCCUGCGGUAGGGCCGGACUUCGGGCGAUCCUUCGCUAGGGUCCCCUCUCCUUUUGUUCCCCCGCGUUCUGGAAGCUGAAGCUACCCGUUCCCGUUCGAGGGAUCCCUUGUUACCAUGGUGACGGUAGCGUUACUCUGGGCUUGCUAGCGAUGUUCUCAGUGGAGCCGGACUGGGAGGGGUGCAGCCGGAGCAGCAACGAUGUCCCGUUCCCAAAUAAUCCACAGUGGCCACUUCAUGGUCUCGGAACCCCACGCCGAGUCGGACCCCGAUCCGGAUCCCGGUUCCGAAGCGCCCCUAAGCUCGACGCACGAAGCCGUUCGUUUAGGUCUCGACAGCUGCGCCGCCGAGCGAGUGAGAGGGGCCGGGGUGAUGGGGAAGGCCGCGGCUGGGAAGGCAGAGAUUGCGGCCCAGCAUGGUUCUAGAGGUUCCUACGACUUCGACACGGUGAACGAAGGCACCUGUCAAAUCUACCGCUACGGGCCGCGGAGCAGCGGCGCGCUCAACAUCGACGCCUCCGUCACGAAGCUAUUCGAGUGCCUGACCCUGGCCUACAGUGGGAAAAUUGUAUCUCCCAAAUGGAAAACCUUCAAGGGGCUGAAAUUGCUGCAGCGUGACAAGAUUCGGCUCAAUAAUGCUAUCUGGAGGGCAUGGUAUCUACAGUAUGUGGAGAAGAGGCAGAAUCCUGUGUGCAGUUUUGUGACUCCUCUAGAGUGUAGUGACAUAGAUCAGCACCGCAAACCUGAGGCUGUCAUCAUGGAAGGAAAGUAUUGGAAACGCCAGAUUGGGGUAGUUAUUAGGGAAUAUCAUAAAUGGAGGACCUUCUUCCAUAUUCGGGCCCAGAAGAAGUUUGACAAACCUAUCUGUGAUCCUAGUCAGGAGGUGUCUGAUGCAGUAUCAGAGGUAGAACUCAACAAUGAAACCACGGGUGGAGGUCCUAUGGAGCUUGAUCCCUUACAUGAUCUGGAUGCACUUCUGGACACCAUUUUCUCCUGCCGCAACCCUUAUGGUGGUCCCAACUUACGUGGUCUUGCUCACCAGGAUAAUGCUGACAUGAUCCAACCUACUCUGACCCAACUUCACCCCAACUUUGGAGAAGAAUUUGUGAACACUUUGGACCCCAUUCAUGAAUUUAUUACUUCUUGUCGUUCUCAGCCCACGUUCCAGGCUCCUGCACCUCUGACAGAUGCCACUGCCUCGGGCCAGGAUGAUUUGCCUCCUGUUGCCCCUCAUGCCAAGGAACUCCCACCACUGGGAGACUCGCUCCUCUCCAUGCCCCUGGAUGUGGAGCUGCCCCCACCUCUGGCUGGACAGCAGAUCUUCUUGCCAUUCUUCCCUACCUCUCCACCAAGGAUCAGCCCUCCACCUGCCCCUCCCAUCUUGCAUCUUCAGCCACAAACCACAUUGGUCUUUUCUGUCAUCACGAACACUGGAUUGGAAAAGACUUCUCCGUCCCCUUCUGGGGGAACUUUUGUUAUGCCAAACUGUGGUUCCACCACCAAGGGUGGGGGGGUCAGGCAGCUGCAGCGGAUUGCUCCAGCACCUUCUCCCACUCCUCAUCAGCCAGCAACACCCCAGGCCUCCGUCACUCAGCUACCUACAGCUGGUCCUAUCCCACUGCCCCUCACUCCAGUCACAAAAUCUGCUCAGAUUUGUGGCACCUCAAAGCUCCCUGCUGAUGUCCUACUGAGGUCAGUCUCCAUAACAAAGGAGCCUUCACCAGUGCCUGCCUCUGCUGCUGCCUUGCUUGAUAUUGGUUCCUCAACCCAGAAGAUAGCCAAGGAGAGGAAUCUGUGUAAUCACCAGGAAAAGUACAAACAUAAUCCUGUUCAGGGAAGCUGCCGAUCAAGUUUUACUUCUUCCGACUGUGCCCGUCGUAUGAUCAUCAGCUCAGGCUUUAACACUCUUGCCAGUCUAGUACUGCCAGGAUCUGAUCAGACUUGCAGUAAGCUCAGCAAAGCGUUGCUCUUGCAGAAGAGUGUAGCCUACGUAGGAAGACUGCAGCAAGAACGCCGACAAAGUCAGGAGAUGGUAGAAAGACUGCGUGGAGAAAUUGAAGAGUUGAGCAUUGCCAUUGAUCACUUCCAGCGCCAACUUCCACCUAAUGGAGCUCCUGUAUUACCACCGCAGUCGAAUCAGGCUUCUGAACUCUAUGAAGAAUAUGUACGUCAGCGCACCUUACAGGACUGGCGUUUUUGGAUUUUCAGUGUGGUAAUUAAACCACUGUUUGAGAGCUACACCAGAACAGUGAACACGGGGAGCAUCAAGGAUUUCUGCCAAUCGGUGUUGAACUGGUUGGAGCAGCACUGCACAUUACCCAUCUUGCGCCCUGCUAUAUCUGGCUCUCUUCUGCAGCUCAGCAAAAUCACGUCAAUAUUGACUCAGCCAGGCCAGUUGCCUGGGCAAGCUCUACGGGCAGUAUCUUCUCCACACUGCAAGAGCAACAACUAGGAUGAAGAUUGGUCUUCCCUCCCACAGAGGUUGUUAGGAAUCCAUAGUUUCGUCUAACUCAGGAAAUCCCUUCAUCAUGCAAAUAAGGACAUUGUAACAAUACUGGGGCAAAGCAUUCCGCAGCAGGGAAUUUCUGGGGACUACCUUUGGUGCUGGUCACCACGGCAGAACAGUGGAAGAGUAGAGGGAACAGGACAAGGUACAGAGGUGGAGUACCUAUUAUAUUCUACAAAGGAGUCAUCAGGCAUGGCUUUAGAUUCUUUUAGAAUCCGGAUGAGUGUCGGUCUCUGUUUCCAGAGCUUUCCCACCAGAGGGCAGUAAAGAUACUUUAUAUGAGUCGGUCCCUCACAGAACGUGAAAGUUUAUAGCUAGCAGUUCCUGAUGCGAGUAUAGAAUUACUUCAUAUCCAUCGGCUCCUGGCUUGGAAAACUGUGUGUCCUACAGGCUGAUUGAAGGCUUUGCUUAUGUAGCUAUAUCCAUGAAUGGUUGUAGACAUGCACUUCACCUAAUUUACCUCUUUCAUUCCUGAUCAGAAAUCUUAUGCAGAGCUGCCCAUUUUCUGGACAUUUCCUGGAUUUCUACAAGAGGGUGGAAUCUGGCUUCCAGCACAGAUAAUGUUUGCUUUGGGGUUUUCUACCUCCAAAGACCAUAUCUUGAUAUUUAGAUAAAAACUAAAAACAAGUUCUUAUAAAGCAGCGACUUUGGAUGGACCAGAGUUAUUUUGCAGUGCAAUCUUAUGCCCUCUGUUCGAAGGAAAGUUCUGCUUAGUUCCAAUAAUACAACUGUUGCCUAAUUAUUUUACAUACUGCGACUAAUGCUUUCCAUACAGCCGUUCAAAUGAACUGGAAGAGCGGCGAACCUUUCUAAAACACUAUCUUGUAGUACGGCUCUUUUUCAUAAAUGUUUCUAUGCUAAAUAUUCUCAGCCAAUGGCUAUCCUAUCCACAGUGGCAUACCAAGUCCAUUACCUGGGACAAUUUUUCACAGUACUGCUGCCUCUGGGUGAAAUUAUCAACUGGGAGACCACUUGCUUUAUGGAAUGUACUUGUUUGAUUAAAGUAUUUGUUACUAAAGAGUCACAUCUUAGUAUAAAGGUAUCAGAGAGAACAAACAUCCUGAUACUGCACAGCAAAGUGUCCAAACUCUGAUGGUAUCUAAUCUUGCCCUUUAACAAGCAUUCUGAUACUGAUAAAGACAGAAAACUAUGAGCAAUAAAUUGGCCCUAUCUAUUUCACGAUUGCAUGGGGCAGGGAUUGGGAACAUGAUGCUUAUAGGCAUUAGGGCAUCUACCACUACCUCAAAGUGAUGCUUACAGCAAGUCUAAAUGAAAACUGAUUUUAAAAAGACAACCAUUGGUUUAGAGAUUUAGUGAGUACAACAUUCCAUUGUCCAACAUUUUCCUGUUGGAAGACAGGAAUAUACAAAAUUCACUACAAACCGAAAUAUCCCUUAUUCUUUAAUACAUGUUGUCAUAUGAUCUAGUCCUUUUGUGUCCCCCUUCACUCAUGUAUGGAGGAGAAACUUUUAUCUAAAGAUACCACCAACAAAUUAUAUUAAUGAAAUGCUAAUAUAUAUUAACAGAGAGCCAGUUUGGUGUAGUGGUUAAGGCAUCAGGCUAGAAACCAAUUCUAGUCCUGCCUUAGGCGUGAAAGACGGCUGGGUGACCUUGGGCCAGUCACACACACUCAGCCCUAGGAAGCAGGCAGUGGCAAACCACUUCUGAAAUUUUGCCAAAUUAUAGAUAGAUCAAUGAGCUAAUUGUUGCCUACCUUGGCUAUAGUUAUUGAUAAAGUUUUAAAUUUUUCCAGCCCACUAGGAUUUCCCUAUUUGAAGAUAUCUUCAAAGGAGAGCGCAUGUGAACAUUUCAAUUUUAAAAUGUUUUAAUGAACAACAACAGAUUUCUUAAUGAUCAUACUAUUUUGUAAUUUCAGCAGGUUUCUUUCUGGUUGUCUCAGUUACAUUUCAGAUGCAACUUAAGUAAUUGUUCACAAUUUUUCUCUGAUGCUGAGUGCCUAUUUUUAGUUUUCCCUUUUCACUAUUAUUUUCCUUAUAUUUCACUAUUGUUGUUUUCCAUAUAUAUAUGUGUAUAUAUACACGCACAGAUAUGCACAAUCAGCAACACAUUGUUUUAUAUUAAAGACAUUUUUAAACAUAGUUUCUGUAAUUUUCAGCCCUGUCUCCAUUUAUCUUACCAGAUAUGCCUUCCAUUGGCCUGUCCAUUAAUUUAGUCAAGUUCUUUUUAUGCAUUUAGGUGGAAUAAAGUACUUUGGGAAAUUGA